CCGAGCCCUGCGCGCACCUGCUGGGGCUCCAGUGCAGCGCUGGGCGGGCAGGCAGGAUGCGGGAGAGCCUCUUCAAGGACCACUUCUGGAAUACGGACUUGAUCAGCACAGCCGGCUAUGACAGCAUCACACAACACAUGAAUGAUGGCAGGAAAAACUGCAAGGAAUUUGAAGACUUUUUAAAGGAAAGGGCAGCUGUUGAAGAAAAAUAUGGAAAGGACCUCGUCAAUUUGUCAAGGAAGAAACCCUGUGGGCAGACGGAGCUGAACACUCUUAAAAGAGCCCUGGAUGUUUUUAAGAUCCAGGUGGAGAAUAUUGGCCAGAGCCAUAUACAGUUGGCCCAGAUGCUUCGGGAGGAGGCGAAGAAAAUGGAAGACUUCAGGGAAAAGCAAAAAUUCCACCGUAAAAAGAUCGAGCUGAUAAUGGAUGCGAUUCAUAAAAACCGGAAUCUGCAGUACAAAAGAACCCUGGAAGCCAAGAGGCUCUACGAACAGCGGUGUCGGGACAAGGAUGAGGCGGAGCAGUCAGUCCAUCGCAGUGCCAACCUGGUCACUCAGAAACAACAAGAAAAGCUCUUCGUAAAGCUGGCUCAGACAAAAACAGCCCUGGAAGAUUCAGACAGGGUGUAUCAGAUGAACGUCAGCGCUGUGGAGAAGAUCAGGGAAGAGUGGCAAAGUGAGCACAUCAAGGCUUGUGAGUUCUUUGAGAGCCAAGAGUGUGAACGGAUAACCUACUUCCGGAACGCCCUCUGGUUACAUGUCAACCAGCUCUCUCAGGAAUGCGUCAAGAACGAUGAAAGUUAUGAGGAAGUCCGGAAGAGCUUAGAGAUGUGCACCGUCGAAAAGGACAUCGAAUGUUUUGUAAACAUCCGGAAAACAGGCACCCUUCCGCCCAUUCCUGUGAUCUAUGAAAAUUAUUAUAACACCCAGAGAAAUGCAGCCCCUGGAAGAAAUCAAGCCCCAACGCCGGGAAUGGGGAGGAGGCCACAGCUCCCAGUACCUUCCAGCGGGCCAGGAGACCCUGAGUACUCAACUGUUGACGGUUAUAGUUUAAUACAGCACCACUAGCCCAGAGAACCUGAAGCCUUUUUGUUCAACUUUACCUCCAUGAGGGGAAAAGACAAAGAGUGGGCUGAAUAACGUUAUCGAAACCUGAGGUUUCCCUAUAAAUGUGAUUUCUCUCUGGCCGGACUCAAUCUCUGUAUUAUAACUAUAACGGGACAGUUUUCGCUUGAUGAAGGAUAUGUGCAAAGCAGAAGAGUGACAGAAUACCACAGACUGUGAAUUUUGAAUUUUUUAAAAAAAAUUCUAAAAGGAGGGGAACCUGAUUGAGCAAUUACUAGUGGAGUAUGGUCAAGUCUGGAGUUCGAAAUCCCAGGCUGAAAUUCCUGCCUAGCUAUGAACCUGACUGUAUGGUCUCUGGUGAAAUCAUAUGCCUAGCCUACCUCACAGGGUUGCUGUGAGGAUGAAAUUGAGGUACACCCCCCCUACCCUAUGUAUAUUGUCCUGAGCUCUUUGAAGGAAGUGAAGAAUAUACCUGGUACAACUACAGAAUCUGGGACCAGGAGUAGACAAUCUUCUUAGCCCACGCGCAGAAAGAAAACGCAACAUCUGCCUGUGAAGUUCUUGAUUGUGUGGACAAAAAACAUGGGGGAGAAACGGGUUUUACUUGGCCAGACACACUUAAUGCAAGGCAAACGGCUGCACAUCGCCAGGGUUUACCUUGGCCUCGGCCGGUGGCUGUACAGGCCUUGGAAGGAAUGGUCAGCAUAAGCCGCACCUGUUUCUAUCUGCUGCAUUUAGGGUUGCCAAUUCCAGGUUAAGAAAUUCCUGGAGAUUUGGGGAAAGAGCAAGGGGAGGGCAAGGCUUAGGGAGAGACCUCAGUGGGGUAGAAUGCCAUAGAGUUCAGCCUCCCAAGCAACCAUUUUCUCCAGGGGAACAGAUCUUUGGAGAUACAGUUGUAGUUCCAGGAGUUCUCCAGGCCCCACUUGAAACUUGGCAACCUUUCCUGCACUGCUGGCCACAGCAGUGCAGCCACACCCUGGUUGCUUGAUCAGAGAUCUGGCCUCAGAUGCCAAGCAAAAGGGUCUGGUGUGCCACUGUCAGCCUGCAUGCCAGGGGUCGCUUAUCCCAGAACUGGGGGAAAUCGCGCUGCGAUGGCUUUGUUGUGGGGUGUCGGCGCAAAUUCAAAGCAAAAGUGCUGUGCCAAGGGCAUAAACAUUAAACAAAAUAACAACUUGUAAAUCAUUGGAAUGAAACUGUCUCGUACUAACACCGGUCUUUGUUCUUUCCAAGUCAGUAUUGCCUAAUCAGAAUUGAAGUUGGGAUUUCCCAUAUGCUAAGCAGCUGCUCGACCAUUGAUCUGGCCCCCCCCUUCCCCGUUCAAGGGCCUACAUGCAGAAAUGAGGUGCACACAUUAAAACUUAGGAGCUGGGAAAGGGCAACAGAUGGGAAUCUUCCCCUUGUCACUUGGUCUCACUGGCUGACUUAAUUUUUCUCUUUAGCUGUUUGAUCUGUUUGUACGAUUCCAUGCAGGAAAGCAAUGGAUUUGCUUUCUUGACUAGAGAUGUUCAAUAAAGUGUUAAUGAAGUCUGCAAAACUCUUUCUGGUAUUUAGUAGUUCAAUAUGCAUAUUUUAAAUAAAGCACAUUGUAUUGUUUA